AUUAUGAUUGUGCUUUUGGGAUUAACACCAUGCAGUUGUCCAGUGUCUCCCUGCUGCUCCUGGGUCUGUCCCUGGGUUUGGCCUCUCCUUCUGGGCUCGAGGAAGUGAAGCUGGUGCGUGGAGACUGUCCUAUGUUCUGGUAUAGCUUCAAUGGUCGUUGUUACAAGUACGUGGCCACUCCUCUGACCUGGGCUGAUGCAGAGAUCUACUGUGUGUCCCAGCACGCCAACCUGGUGUCCAUCCACAGCCUGGAAGAAAACAACUUUGUGAAGACUUUGAUCCAGAAUUUUGAUCACAGGCAGGGACAGACUUGGAUUGGACUCAGUGAUGUCCACAAGGAAACAGCGUGGAUGUGGUCUGAUGGUUGUCCAGUGGUGUUUGACAAGUGGAGUAUCGCACAGCCAGACAAUAUGGGAGGACUUGAACAUUGUGGGCAAAUCUGUUUUGAUGAAGAACAAAAUUGGAAUGAUCAUCUUUGCUCAAUAAACAUUCCAUCUGUCUGUGCUACCCGUGGGUGUUAGCAAUGAUGCCACAACCAUAUUAACACCUGGUCAUAGACUUGCUUUAUUAUCUGAUUUGAUUAUAAGCUUCUAUGUAUAAAGAAUGUCUUGUUUUGUGGGAAUAUCAUAUUGAAUCUAAUGCAUGCAGACUGCAACAGGUAUACAGUGAAAUUAAAUAAUAAUCUUCUCAGUUUUCAAGCCAUUGGCUUGAUCUCUGAAUUACAUUCAUCCUAAAAAACCUAGUGUCGGCUGCCACUUUGUCUUGUUUCCCAACCUGCCACUGUAAUGUGUAACUGAAAUAAUACUUAUAAUAAAUGUACCUGCUGUUUUGCUUUUUUGUGUCACAGAGAGAAGCUUAAUUUCUGGUGUUAAAUACCAUUGCAAUUGAAAAUUAUAGGCCCGUUUAAUUGUUUAUUUAAUAACUGAAAAAUGUCGGUCUGCCAACUUCUGAUAGUUUUUUUUUUCACCUUAGAUGACUUGUAUUAGCACAGAAUAGAUCAAAGUCUGGUCCAGGUUCAUUGCUUCACAAAUAGCUUCCACACCUUACAGUUGUCCAGCGUCUCCCUGCUGUUCCUGGGCAUGUCCCUGGGUUUGGUCUCUCCUUCUGGGCUCAGUGAAAUGAAGCUAGCAGGGACUUUUCCGUGUUCUGGUCAUGGUUCUGGUUUGGCUUCAGUGGCUGCUGUUAUGGAAGAUGAUUUGUUCCAUCAAAUUUUGAAUUUCAAACACUGCUGAAAAUGUAAUGUUGAAUUGCUUUGAAAAAAAUGCAUACUUUUAAUC